AUGCACACUACUGGAACUCUUGCCGAUGAAGAAGAUAUCAAGAUCCAUCAAAUACCUGUUAAGGGUUCCUCACCUUCAACCACCCAAGCUUCGAAAAAGCCCCAAAAGAAAAGGGAAAAGAAGAAAUCUUCCCUCAAGCCAGUCAAUUUGUUAAACAAGAAGAACAGUUCCUCUAAAUUAACAAUCAACAAUACACCCUUAGCGCCCUUUGUCAUGUUGCAGACUGCUUCUUCUGGUGACGGAGUACCGGAAUCCAUAUUGCCAAGCAAGAAACAAACGAACACGGACCAGGGUGAUCAAGCAGCUCCUACCCCGGAUCUCAACCCCCAGUUAAAGCCAGUCCAAUCAACAUUGUCUUCAACUGGCCAAGUCGUGGCCUCAACCAAUUUCCCACCUCAGACCUGCCCUCUGCCGACUCAGACUACGGUUUCAACUGCGAGCCCCCCAGUUCCUAGACCCAACGAAAACCCAGAUAGCAAUCGCUCUUUUCCUGACCCAAUGGACACCCCUCAGGUGGAGGAUCCACAAAAUCAAGAUCCUUCAAAUCGAACUCCAAAUCGCCAAUCACGAUAA